AUGGUUGCAGAGACACUGGAGAGGUGGAAAUCUUGGAAGCCAAGCAGCUUCUACUCACUGGGAAUAGAAAGGUUUUGCUUUGGUGGUCAUGAGAUCAGCAUCCACGAAUCAUUUGACUCAUAUGGUGCCAUUAUCUGGCCUGGGGCAGUGGCUCUCUGCAGCUACCUGGAAGCAAAUCACAAGCAUGUCAAUCUGCAAGAUAAGGCAGUGCUGGAGCUAGGAGCAGGAACAGGACUGGUGUCCAUCGUAGCCUGUUUAAUGGGUGCAUGGGUGACAGCCACAGACUUGCCAGACAUCAUAGACAAUUUGAACUUCAAUCUCUCGCGCAACACACGGGGCCGCUGCAGAUACACACCUCAGGUGGCCCAGCUGACUUGGGGGGAAGAUCUGGACCAUAAUUUUCCCAGUUCUAUCUAUAAUUAUGACUACAUCCUAUGUGCAGAUGUUGUCUACCAUCACAAUUGUCUGGAUGAACUGCUACUCACCAUGAAGCACUUCUGCAAACGUGGAACAGCCCUUCUCUGGGCCAACAAGAUCCGCUUGUCUUCAGACCUGAAUUUCAUUGAAAGUUUCAAGAAGGCCUUCAAUACCACACUGCUAUUGGAGGUUCCAGAUGAGAUGGUGCAAAUCUACCAGGCCACAGCACAAGAGUGA